CUCCCUUAUGUGUCAAUUUGAGGGCCCGAGGCGGAGGGUGGCGGCCGAGCUCGGAGUCCGCGAAUUCGGGCAAGUGAGCCGCGGGGCGCGCGGGGCGGGCGGCAGCGGAGCCGGCCGGAGCGCACCGGGCAGCAGCCGCCUCCGUCCCGGGCGCAGGCAGCAAGCAGCAGGAUGGAGCUGAACUCCCUGCUGCUGUUGCUGGAGGCGGCCGAAUACCUGGAGCGCCGGGACCGAGAGGCCGAGCACGGCUACGCCUCGGUGCUGCCCUUCGACGGCGACUUCGCCAGGAAGAAAACAAAGGCAGCCGGCCUGGUGCGCAAGGCCCCGAACAACAGGUCUUCACACAACGAACUAGAAAAGCACAGGCCCCUGUCCACUGUCCUGUACCUUCCAAGAAGGUGUGCUAGAGUCUUGUACCGGGGCAGAUCAGUGUUGACCAGGAAGCCGCAAGGGUGGGACACCGCUCCAGGACCAAGGAAGCCGCAGAGGUGCAGGGCAACAGCUCUCUCCUGGCCUCUGCUCCUGCCUGAGACGAGCCAAGCUCAGACUCUACCUGGAGCAGCUGAAGCAGCUGGUGCCUCUGGGCCCAGACAGCACGCGCCACACCACACUGAGCCUCCUAAAGCGUGCCAAGAUGCACAUCAAGAAACUGGAGGAGCAGGAUCGCCGGGCACUGAGCAUCAAGGAGCAGCUGCAGCGGGAGCAUCGCUUCCUGAAGCGGCGCCUGGAGCAGCUGUCGGUGCAGAGCAUGGAGCGUGUGCGCACGGACAGCACCGGCUCCGCUGUCUCCACAGAUGACUCAGAGCAAGAGGUGGACAUAGAGGGCAUGGAGUUUGGCCCGGGUGAGCUGGACAGUGUUGGGAGCAGCAGUGAUGCCGAUGACCACUACAGCCUGCAGAGCAGCGGGUGCAGCGAUGGUGGCUACGGGCGCCCUUGCAGGCGGCCUGGCCGCCCCAGCCUCUUGUAGGCUCCUUGCCCUGUGCUUCCCGGCUGCCCACCCGCUCAGCCAGGUGUGGCAGCCCUCCAGUCCUCCCUCAGCUGAUGCCAGCCUCUCCUUGGCCCACUGCUGUGCCAUGCUGGAAGCUCCAGCUGCUGCCCGCCCAGGCUGCCAGCCUCUGUCCUCCCUGCCCUAUGGGCAGGGCCCCCCGCAGGGAGGCAGGGCCUGGCACCCACCACCUGGAGCCCAGCGUAGCCACCCACGUCUGUUCUCCGAUUCUUAAUCAUUCCAGAAGUAUUAAAUGUCAUUGCUGCAAACCUCAGCAGGCACCUCGUAAGGGGCUUCAUGACCACCUCGGGGAGCCCAGCUCCAAUGCCGGAUCCCAGGAGGAAGGAGUGGCCAGAGGAAGGAAGGAAAGUGCGCCUGGCAGUCGUCCUUGAAGCUCCUGAGGUGUAGACGGAGCAGAAGGUUCUGCGCCAGGCGGGACUUGGGUGAGCACGCUGGGGCACACGGGCAGAGAGGCUGAGUUGUCCCAUGCCAAGCUGGGCAGCUUCCACUGUGUUAGGACCAGCAGACGGGCACAUGCACCCAGGCUUGCAGCCAUGCACAUGCUCGCACGCGCAGACACGUGAGCACCCAGAGGACAGAUGUCCUGUGAGGCUGGCCUUCAGGGAUCACCAAGGCCAGUUCUGGCCCCAGCUCACCUGCACUGGCCCAGGUAGCUCUGCCCGGUCUGCACAGGAACUGGGCUUCUCUUCCCUGCAUAGUCUGAGAGUGGCUGGGCUGGCAGCUGAACCACUGGGCCCUUGGCUUUCUCAUCUCCAUUUCUCCUCUCUUUUCUUUGCCAUUUCUUUUUAAAUUUUUUGAAGUACUGGGGCUUGAACCCAGAACCUUCACACUGAGCUACAUCCCCAGCCCUUUAAAAAUUUCUCAUUUUGAGACAGGGUCUCACUAAGUUGCUAAGUUGCCCAGGGUGGGCUUGAACUUGGCAAUCCUUCUGCCUCAGCCUCCCAGAGUGCUGGGAUCACAGGCAUGUGCCACCACAGCCGGCUUCACCUCCCUUUCUUAAAAAAAAGAAGAAAAAAUAAAAGCCACACUGCCCAGCAAGGCAAGCUUCCUUGGAGGGACCUCCCCAGUUCUGCCCGUGGCAGCCUCAGCUGGCAGAGGCUUUUCCCAAAAAAACAAAACAGAGAAACAUUUUUUAAAAAGAGAAAAAAGCUCUAAAGACUCUCACCAAGAGACGUGAGUGUGCACGGCUCUAUUUCCUGUAUGAGACUUUUGUACUCUAUUUUCCUAGCUGUCAUUGUGUCCUUAUUUGCUGAGGGGUGGGAGCGACCCAGCGUCUCAGGGACCCGUCCUCUGUCACGUUGUCAUAGUGUGCCUUGUGUCCUGUCUCGCCUUGCCCACUGCCACCAGCAUGUCCCUCGAGGGACACAGGAUGUUCAGGCCUGCCAGGCAGGUGCCCUCUGCCCUCCCCUUGGGCAGCCGUCCCAGCAGCAAUGGCUUCCUGUGUGUGGGGCUGUCACCUGGCUCCCAGUGCGACCUCCCUAUAGUGGGAGGGUGUGGCGUGUGCAGCUGGGGACAACAGGUCUGCCUGCCAAUCUGUAACUCGACUCGAACCCUGCUUCAGGCUGGGGCAAGGGCUCCAGGAGUCUGACUUCGGCAGCUGAUGAGCACAGCGUUCUCUCUGGUUAUGCAGCCUUUCAGUCCUGAAGUCCUUGUCUCCACGGGCAGGGACCACACAGCAAUACUUGGGUGGUGGCCCUAGGGCUGGCACAUAGCAGCACCUGCCAUCCCCUCUGGUGCAUUUGUAACCAAUUUCCAAGUGGCAGGGAAAACUGUUUAUCUCCAGUCCCGUCCAUGGACCCCCAGGGCAGUGGCCUGUAGAGGCCAGAAGGGUUCCCUGGAAAUAGCUCUGGCAUGGAACCUGCCCUAUAGAGGCUGGAGGGUGGGGACAGCAGGAGGAGAGCAGGCCCGUGGUGAGGGUCGCUUCUGCAUCUCACCCCCUGCUUGGGGAUCAGCACCCAGGAAGGGGCUCUGUCUGCCAUGUGCCAGGAACCCAUGUCGUAGGGCCUGGAACUCCCGGGCCCCUGAGAGGCUGGAGUUCUCAAACCCUCAGCUCCCUUCUCUGUCCCCACUCCUCAACUCUGCCUCGCAGACUCCAGCCCCAGGUGGGGGAGCAGAGCAGCACCUUGGCCACCCUCCUGGCAGCUCUGCCUGUGCCUUUUCAGGCCAUGGCUCCCAUGUAGACUGGGGAGUUGGCCCCUUCAGCCACCCAGGGGUGCUCUCCACCUCCCCCACUAGCAGGGGUGGUGGGGUGUCCACAGGUGGGGGCUGGUGCUAAGCUCCACAUCCACACCUCUCUCCCCUGCACCGUCUUCUGCACAGGGAGGCCACUGCUCCAUCUGUGCCCUGCUCCUCUCCGGCCACGUGGUACUCAGGGCUUGGGCUGGGGUUCCCACCUUACAGGGGCAGCUCCUCGGCGACAGGCCCUACCACCCAGCUGGCCUAGGAGAUGGCAAGGUGCUUGUGGCCACAUUCCCAGACAGAGGGAGCCCCAUGCCAAACCAGCCCGAGGCUCAUGCUCCUAUCUGCCCCUACCAUCCCUGGCUCUGUAGGGGGUCAGCUGACUGGGCCCCCACUGCCUGCCCAGAGGAUCCUGACCAAGCCAGCAGGCUGCCUGGGUCUCCAUCCAGGGCAUCAGGGCAGGUUCCAUGCUAGAGUCUGGGGCCGCACAGGGAGCCCGGUGCUGGGUGGUGGGCACGGUAGAGACUGGAGCUGAGAGUGAACGGCCCCCACCGCCUCCUCCGGGUGGGGCUAUGCUGUGUCAUUCUGUCAUUGUAAUAUAAAUACAGAUUUUUAUACCUCA